GGGAUUAGUGCUCACUGGGCACCUGGGCUCCUUCCAAAUACAUCUCUGGAUAAAGGGGAGGCCUCUCCAAGGAAACCAGCUCUAAUUGCUUUAUGUGCUUCUCCUUCCUUUGACACUCCCACCCCGUGCUCUGCUUUCCUCCACUGACUCCCCCCGCCCCGUGUCUCGUUUCUCUCCCCCAGCUGCCCUGGUCGAGCUGCUGUCCAAGCCUUCCUAAAUCAUCCUGCCUCAGCCUGUCCCAAACCCCUUCUCCUUUUCCCAGUCCCUCAACGCCGGGCAUGAUUACGACCAGGGAGCUCUUGGUGAAGUUGCCCUUCUUCCACCGCUCGCCCCUCUCCUCCAAUCUCCGGGCUUUGUCUUGUCUGUCCCCACAGACUCUCUCUGCUCGGAGGCGGGGCCUGGUGCGCCUUUCGGUUGCCCAGGCUAGCCUCUUUGGCCCCUGGGUGUCCUGGAACCAGCCAGGGAUGAGGAAGGCUCCUCCCAGAGGACCCGAGGCCCGGGGAGUUGGCACUCGAGGGUAGCUGGGACAGAGGGUAGAGCUGACGUGGAUCCACGGGGGGUAGGAAGUAGGGAGUCUCAGGGGGCAGGAGCAGCUUGGGGUUACCCGGGGCCCCAUGGGUGCCGGCAGGAGCGACCAGGUGGGCCCCAGGCUGGUUGGGUGUGAGGUGCCCUGUUGCAGUUGAGAUGCGCCCCGAGUGCCAUGAUGAUGCUUCAUCUCGGAAGCGGGGCCGAGGGAAGCAAAACCUUCCCGGAUCGGGGACCUGAAUCGUUGGGCACCGUUAACGGCUGGGGAUGCCGACCCCUGAAGGUCCAGGAGAAGGCCAGGGAAAACAGAUUAGGGGGCGGGAGUCAGGGCCUGGGGCACCCAGAAGUGGGGAGCGUGACGGGUAAUAAGAGAAGGUGGUUCAGAAGAGUCUGGAAGGAAGUCGGGCAGGCCAAAAGUAUCAGGAAGUUCGAGAGGAGUUAAAUUUGUGGACGUGGGGCCCCUGACGGGUUGCCAGAGGAAAAGUUGGGGGUGUUGGCUAGCCCACCCCCAACCACGAGGAUGGCUCUUGGCAGGGGUAACAUCUCCUCCUGCAGUCAUCGGAUGGGGGGCUGUGGGUGUGACCCAGGAAUAACGUUGCAUUGGGCUUCAUUUUUUAAAAGGUGGAGGUACAGAAUCAGUCAGGUGUGGUACGUAAAACAGGAGGAAAGUUAGGGCAUGAAGAUGGAUGGGAAGGAUUAGAAGAGCAUGGUGCGAAGGGAGUCGGGAGAGGAGCCGUGUGAAGAGGUGAGAGGGUUGGGAGCUAAAAGAGGGAACACCUCAGGUGCUGGGGAAAGUUGGGCUCUCCAGUGGAAUCCCGUACAGCCUCCUACCUCCGUCUCUCUCUCGCGCUCUCUCUUUUUGUGCUUUUUGACUCUGACUCUCUCCCGCUCGCCCUGUCCUCUCCCUCCAGGCAGUCGGGAUCAGCGUGGCUCUCGGCCUUCAACCCCGCCCUCGCCAGGCCACAGGGCCGCGGCAGGAAACAGUGGGGCCGGUGGCCGGGUCCCGGGAGCCCGGUCCCGUGAACGGGACGGGGCUUGGGGUUCGGGGGUCGGCCUGAGGACGGGAGCCGUCCCCCGAGGGUUCCCGAGAGGGGGCCUCGGGCUGAGGCUCUGCCCUCCGUUGCCGCAGAUGAAACGGAAGCUGGAGCCGGGGCCGGCCGGCCGGGCGCUCUCUCCAGGGAAGAAGCUGUGCAAAGGCCCUGCCUACCGCAGGUCCCUGGGCCCCCCGACGACGUUUGGAGAGCUGCGCAGCGGGUCGCACGGCCCGGCCCGCCGGCGCCUGCCCCCCCGGGCUCCUCCGCCCCAGCUGCACGAGUGGCUGCACACCUUCCAGGCCUGGAGCGGGCCGCAGCAGCUGGUGGCACUGGACGAGCUCCUGGACAGAUGCGAACCGGCCCAGGUGCGGCACGUCAUGCAGCUCAUCCAACCACAGUUCCAGCGCGACUUUAUCUCUCUGCUGCCCAAGGAGCUGGCCCUGCACGUCCUGUCGUUCCUGGAGCCCCGGGACCUGCUCCGGGCCGCCCAGACCUGCCGCUGCUGGCGCGUCCUGGCCGAGGACAACCUGUUGUGGCGCGAGAAAUGCCGGGAUGAGGGGAUCGAGGAGCCGCGCUCCGUCCGGCGCGGACGCCUGCUCAGCCCCGGCUUCAUGUACAGCCCCUGGAAGCUGGCCUUCCGCCGGCAGCACCAGAUCGACAGCAACUGGCGCAGCGGGGACAUCCCCCCGCCCAAGGUGCUGAAGGGCCACGACGACCACGUCAUCACCUGCCUGCAGUUCUGCGGGAACCGCAUCGUCAGCGGCUCGGACGACAACACGCUUAAGGUGUGGUCGGCGGUGACCGGCGAGUGCGUGCAGACGUUGGUGGGGCACACGGGGGGCGUCUGGUCCUCCCAGAUGCGGGAGAAGUUGGUGAUCAGCGGGUCCACCGACCGGACUCUGCGCGUGUGGGACGCCGACAGCGGGGCCUGUGUGCACAUCCUGCACGGCCACACGAGCACCGUGCGCUGCCUCCACCUGCACGGGGACCGGGUGGUGAGCGGGUCCCGGGACGCCACGCUGCGGCUGUGGGACGUGCGGACCGGGCGCUGCCUGCACGUGCUGAGCGGCCACGUGGCGGCCGUGCGCUGCGUCCAGUACGACGGGCGCAAGGUGGUCAGCGGCGCCUACGAUUACACCGUCCGCGUGUGGGACCCCGAGAGCGAGAGCUGCCUGCACACCCUACAGGGCCACACCAACCGAGUCUACUCCCUGCAGUUUGACGGCGUGCACAUCGUCAGCGGCUCCCUGGACACGUCGAUCCGGGUGUGGGACGUGGAGAGCGGCAGCUGCCUGCACACGCUCACCGGCCACCAGUCCCUGACCAGCGGCAUGGAGCUGCGGGAGGCCACGCUCGUGUCGGGCAACGCCGACUCUACGGUCAAGAUCUGGGACAUCCGCACCGGCCAGUGUCUGCAGACCCUGCAGGGGCCCCACAAACACCAGAGCGCCGUGACGUGUCUGCAGUUCAGCGCCAAGCUGGUGGUGACCAGUUCGGACGACGGGACGGUCAAGCUGUGGGAUCUGCGCACGGGGGACUUCGUGCGGGACCUGGUGGCCCUGGAGAGCGGGGGCAGCGGGGGCGUGGUGUGGCGCAUCCGGGCCUCCAACACCAAACUGGUGUGCGCCGUGGGCAGCCGCAACGGCACCGAGGAGACCAAGCUGCUGGUGCUGGACUUCGACGCCGACGUCGCCAAGUGACCCGUUCCGGGCCCCCGCCCGGGGGUCGGAGGGAGUCUGCCGGGGCAGGGCGGAGGAGGAGGAGCGGCUGCUGGGCGGCCGGGCAGGUG